CAGCUGAAGAAACAAGUAUCAGUCACAUUCUUACCAGGUUUACUUACAAGGAAAGAAACAAAGAUCUUCAAGUUACCGCGUAUACAACGCAGCUUAAGAACAUACAUAAUCAAUACUAUAGAUCAGCUAUCUGAUUGUUGGCAGAAAAGUAAUGACCUUCAAGAUCGUGCCUCUUACUUAUAUCUACGAGGAGCAUUUUACCUAGCUGAUCAUAAAGCAAUUGAGGCUUUAGGUGAUUUAACAAGACUGGCAGAGAUAGAUAUAUCAUUAGUACCAGAACUUAUGGUGAAACAAGCCUACCAGAAGAUACCAGAGGAUGAAAAAUAUGACAUUUUAAUGAGACCAGGCAUACAGCAUCUCUCUGAACUGUUACAUUUGGAGAGUGAUGGGAGCCAGUCUCCAAAAGUACAUCAUAAGUUUGAGGAACCAGUUAAACUUCCUGACCAUGAUCUCAAUUUUGAAGAAUUUAGACGAUUUGUUACUAUGUUGGAGAUGACACAAGAUAUGGAAACUGUGAUGAGACUUUUCCAAGCAUUAGAACUGAACCAACAUAAUGGAUACGAUAAAGUGGACAUUGGAACAUUUGAGACAUUUAAUCAUUGUUAUCAAGAGAAUCUGGAGCAUUGUCUCAUGGUAGAGGAAUCCAUUUUAGAUCAUGAAGAAUAUGUACUGAAGUUGUCUUUACUCUGUAAAACUGAUGUUGGGUCUGGCAGAAUUGUGCUUACUAAUAAAAGAUUAUUGUUUAUGAAGGAUGGUUCAAUGGAGUGUACAGAAGUUACAAAGAUUAGAGAUAUUGUCCUGAUUGAGCAGAAACAACUGAAGUCUUUCUUUAAAACAAUCGAUGUACUUAGGAUUCACAAAAAAGAUGAUGCAAAGUUCACAGCCUGGUUGAAGGACGAAAGGGAUCAUUGGUUUGUACUGCUACAAGAAUUAUGGGCUGGCAAGGUCGUUUCUAUAGGAACUAAGGACAUCAUGGCUGCAAACAAAGCUGCCAAUAAUGUACAACUUGUUGAUGCUUUUCUCAAAAGUUCUCAGGACCAAGACACAACUCAUCAUGAAAAUCCUAUGCAGGCUGUGAUAGAACUCUGUUUUUACACACGAUACAUGAAGGAGAAAAGACACGAACUUCCACGAGAAACGCUAGAGACAUUAGUCAAUAGGAUUGACCCUUGUUCUGGAGAAAGUCUGAGACAAACUGUUCAAUCAUUAUUGUACACUCCUGGUGAUCCCCAACAGCAUGUUUUACCGAGACUCUGGUGUGGUAUGGGAGAUGGAAAAAUAAAAAUAUUUGAUGCAAUGGCAUGGAACUUAGAAUCACACUUUAUACAGACUAAAACUGCUGUGAUGUGUUUGGCUGAUGUUGGUGGGAAACAAAUUUGGGCAGGAUCUUAUUAUAUCUACAUCAUUGAUGUACAAACCCUGAGAUGUAACAGAGCUCCACUGACCGACCAUGCUGACUCAGUUGUCAGUAUUGUUGUUGUUAAUGAUGGCAGAUAUGUAUACACAGCCAGUGCUGAUGGUGACAUUCUGAAGUGGGAUGUACAGACAAUUACAGUCGUAGAUAAAUGCAGUGAGAAAAUCAAAGAUCUGAGGAGGCUCAAAUUCUGUAAUGGUUUCUUAUGGUGUGGAACCAAGGUUGCUGUGUACAGGAUAGACUUGAGUAUGAAUUUGUUACAGAAAUAUCCAGUUAUUGUUCAGAGAUCGAGUCAAGCUGACAUAUCUCGGGAAGUAUCUCCAGAAAUUGAUAGUUUCCAUAUAAGUGAGAGUGGAGAGAUAUGGGCUGGCUAUAGACGGUCUGGUAUUAUUUUGAUAUGGGACAGCACACGAGGGAAACUGAAAGAAAUUAUAGAAAUACAGAAAUGUGAAGGAAUAAGUUCUAUAGUACAACAGGAACAAAAGGUUUGGGUCGGGAGCAAAGAUGGUACCAUACAUAUUAUCAAUACGGAAACAAGAAAAGUAGUCAAACGUCUUCAGGCACACGAUGAUGCAGUCAGGGCUUUGUGUUGUGCUGAAAACAGAUACAUUAUAAGCGGGGCAGGAAGUCGUGAUGGACGUAUUGCAAUGUGGAGUUCUACAGACACAAAGACAGACUCAGGAAAAUUUAUACUAGAUGAAUAAAUAUAUUUCAUCCUUCAUUUACAAUGUAAUAUUUUCCACUCAAGAUAUCUUGAUUUUCAAUUUUCAACAUGUUAAAUUUAAGGUGCAUAUCAAUAUUGAAAUUUAACUAUCAAAUUGGAGAAGUAUUGUAACUCAGGAGCAAAUUGAGAGUGAAAUUGUUACUUCCAUAUGUAUUUGAGUCUUUCAAAUGUUAAAACUGUGUUUGGAUAGGACAACAAUGAUAGUAUUGGUAAGAUUCUACCAAUAGUGUGAUGUCAUAAUGAAAAAAACUUUUAUCAAAAUCCAGAAUUACACCAGUUUAGUACUGGUCACAAUUUCAGCUGCUUAUUAGUAUAAUUAUACUGUACCACUUGACUGAGGACUAUUUGAAAGCACUCAACAAUAUAGGCAGUGGAAUUUGUUCACCCAAGAAAAUUCAUAUUUCCCAAGGGCAAUAUGAUUUUUGGAUGGUGAAGAAAUCUUCAUAUCACCCCAAGCCAAGGGAAUAAAUGUUAUAUUCCAUUGCCUAUACUUUUUUGACAUAACAAUAAUUAACAUAACAUUUUUCUUAUCGGUUGCUUUUAUAACUCUACAUGACAUAAACGUUGAUAAACAGCAUAGAUCAAAGUUAAUGAUUUGUUUUAUGACAUGAUUUUAUCUGUAUUGUUUUACGUCUGAAAUAAUUUUGAACAUGAUGAUGACUCAACUGUCAAAAAAUGUACAUUUACCAUGUGUAUGGUCAAAUGUGUCUAUGUGUUCAGAGGGGAAUAUGAUAGUGGAAGUGGAAUAUGAAGUUUUGUUCAAUGUCACAUGGAAUAGCCUCAACCAAAGAAAUGUUGAUUUUGCAAUCAAUAUUUAGAUACAAUGGAAUAAUAUAUGAUAUGUGUUUAUAAAGGUGCUAUACAUUUCAUUAUGCAUGAAAAUACUCGGACACAUAUGAGUCUAUUUUGACAGUCUUCUUGAUUAACCACUUGCCCUAGGCCUAUGGAUCAGGUCAGUAAAAAGUUUGUUGAGGUCAUUAAAAUUUUCAUCAUAAUAAUGAUAAUAAUGGAGUAGAAAAAAGUUAUUUUGACUAUGUAUAAGUGUCAAAUAUAAUGUUAGUUACCUCUUAUGGAUUUACUUGUAGAAAUGGUAUGGCAUUUUUUAAGUGUGAAUUGGAAAACUUUUUUACAACCUUUCACACUAUAGACUUAAAUAAGUUUUAAUCUUUAGUUUCAGUAUACAGCAGUUAAUAAUCCCCACCACUAUGUUAUUAACAGUAUAGAUUAUCACAUUUUACAUUUCAAGGAUAUUUUUACAUCCUUUUCAUUUUGUUAUUUUUAAUUGGGAAAUUUGCUUAUGUUGUUUGCAGCAUAUAUCAAGUUAUUUUGUCUUUCAUUGAGUCUUUAGUUUUUUUAAAGGGUACAAGAGUAAAAAUAUGAAAAAAAAACACUGCAAUUAUAAGUCAGUCAUAUUCCAUGCCUAAAGAUGCCUUUGAUAUUUGUAAAAAAAUGUUAAAAUCCCAGUAAAAACCCUAAACUUCAAAUUUUUAUUACAGUGUUUUAAAAAUUAAAUUAUUUCUGUUUGGCAUUUCUAACCUCCCUGUCAGUUCCAGCAUCAAUAGAAUAAACUACUGUCUGGUUUCUAUACAGGGAAGCUUUUCCAGAGGUCACAAGUAACAUGGUUUCUUCAUCUUUGUCCAUACUGUCUUAGAAAAAAGACAAUGAUGGGAAAAAUCCUAGUAAAUCCUCAAAAAAAUUUAUUUUGAA